AUGCUCGAGGAGCAUUGGCUCCGGUCAGAGCUGAGCAAAUUGACACCACCGUCCGCCCCUGACCGCGACGAAUGGGUCGCGGAGACAUCGAGGCGCAUUCUGUUAGUUCAUCGCGAGAACGAAGAGAUAGACCCCAACUGUGACCUCUCCAAUUUCUGGACGGACGUCGAACGCGAUGCAAACGUGGGUGAUUCCUGGGAAGAAGCAGCCCAACACCGCCUCGACAACCUGGCAACAGCAUUCCCGGGACUGGCUACGACACAGGUGUCUAGAUCAUCCCCCCUCGAUGCACGCAGAGACGAGCUCCGGCGUAUAGCAUUUGUAGGCGAUGCGACCGGAACCAAUUUGACAACGGAAGAACGCGAGACAAUUUUGUCGCUGCUUUGCGAAUAUGUUGAUGUGUUUGCAUUUUGCUUGGAGGACGUCACAGUGACACCAACUAUCAAACACCAUAUUCCCCUCUUACCCGGCCACCACCGCACAAACCCUGGUUGGGUUUCGACCAUCAACUCACCCGAUCAACGCAAGUUUCUUUAUGAGCAAGUUGACAAAAUGCUGGCCGCUGGAAUUAUCCGGGAAGUUGACAGGAAUGACGUCACAUGGUGGGCAAACUCCCGUGUCGUCCCAAAGAAGGAUUUGACAGCGGUCUCAAAGUCCAAAGCGGAACUCAAGGAGACGCUUGAGGAAGCAGUCGCAAGAGCACUCUCGGACAGAGGCGGAUGGGCAGAACAAAAGCUGCACGAGUUCCCCCACGACAAAGCGAAAGCGCCAAAGUUUCGAUUGGUUCAUGCUUACCUCCAGGUUAACGACGCAACCGCGAAUACAGCGUUCCCUAUCGGCGACCUCGACGCGAUGACGGAGAGGCUCGCGGGAAAAUCGUUCAUCACAUGCCUCGAUAUGCAUUCAGGCUAUUUUGCAAUAGGCAUGGACGAAGAGGAUGUGUUGAAAACCACCUUCCGUGUCGAAGGCCGCGGGUAUUUUGCGUACAAUGUCAUGCCCUUCGGUCUGAAGGGUGCCCCCGCGACAUUCUGCGAACUCAUUGCCACCGCCUUUGGCCCAGCGAUUGGUACCACUAUGGAAGCCUGGAUGGACGAUCUCGCAACCGCAACCAACACCUUGGACGAACAACUGGAAAGGAUUCGGUUCAUACUGGACACUUGCCGAGAGCACAAGCUAUCCCUCAACCCCGCGAAAUGCACGUUUGCGCAGUCUUCGGCCGUAUGGUGCGGAUCCCACCUCUCCGCCAAAGGCAGAGAACCUGACAAGGCGAAGGUACAAGCAGUCAUCGACUGGCCCAAACCGAAUACACCUUGGGAGGUCUCGAGUUUCCUCAAUUUUGCGGGUUACUACCGUAAAUUCAUCAAGGGUUUCGCGGCGAUCUCCGAGCUUCUUUCGGCACUCACAUGUGGUGUCCGAGUGGAACAAUCUGCCCGCCGGAAGGACGGCUCGACCGCGAGAGGGGCUUACAAGAGGGCAAUGAAAACUCGACCUAUGGACUGGAAAUGGGGACCAGAGCAAGAAGGGGCGUUCUCGGCAAUCAAAAGGGCGUUAUCAACGUUCCCCAUCUUGCGGUCGCCAGACUGGAACCAGCCCUUCAUUAUUGAGACGGACGCCAGCAAGCAAGGGAUGGGCGCCACACUGUCACAACGCUUCACGUACGCCCAUUCAGGAACUGGAGAAAUGGUGACUAGGACCCACCCAAUCGCAUUUGCCUCGAGGGCAACAUCGGCAGCUGAGAAAGCGUACCCAGCGUUUCUGCUCGAGCUAGCAUGUCUCAAGUGGGCAACGGACAAGUAUGGGAAGUGCCUCUUUGGCAACCAGGUCGAGAUUGUCACGGAUUGCAUUGCGUUGGCGGGCAUUCUGUCCAACGAAAAGGUGAACCAUAAUCACGUCCGGUGGAGGGAAAGUAUCCUCGCAUUGGAUAUUGUCAAGUUCACGCACCAACCCGGGAAACAGCAUAAUGCUUGUGAUGAGCUGUCUCGAGUCGUGGAGCACCUCGAAUCAUCUGAGUCAAUAUCUCCGGAGUCCAAGCUACCUAUCGAUUGGGACGAAUAUAUCCAGAGUACAGGACCACGCCAGGUGCUUCUUCUGGCGGAAGCGACAGCUCGGGCGGAUCAGGGUAACGACUUGGCUACGCCCUUGUUCCCAACUCAGCCGGAUGACGGGCUGGCGGACCAAGUCAUGUUCCUUGAACAGGCAACGGCAUUGACCGCACUGGACGCCCGAUACAAGGACGACCCCCUGUUUCAACCAUUGGUGACAUUCUUAACAACAUGCCAAUUCCCCACCGGGGCAUCGCACUCGGAGAAGGGCCGCCUCCGCCAGCUGGCUAGGCGCUACGCACUCCGGGCCCCUGAUGUCCUGCUCUUCAAGCAAGGUGAAAAGACCAGGGAGUGCAUCCCCCUCCAUGAACGACAGCAGUUGAUUGAAGACACGCACACAGCGCUGAACCACGCAGGCAGAGAUCUAAUGGUGGUACACCUCUCUGAACGGUUUUACUGGCCCGGCAUGGCACAAUCGGUCGCUCCAGUAAUUGUCACUUGCGAACGAUGCCAACAAUUCGGGAAACGAGUCAUCCGGGCCAAGUUAUGGCCGAUCACGGUGCUAGCACCAAUGGACCUUCUGGCAAUGGAUUACUUCUCCUUACCCGUGAGCCCCAACAAGCACAAAUCAGUCCUGGUGGUCACAGAUCUCUUCUCUCGCUAUGUAUGGGCCUUCAAAUUCAAAGGAGAAGGCACAGCAAAACGCACCAUCGAAGGAUUAGUUGAGAUCAUUAAGACCUUUGGAACGCCACGGAUCCUGAUGAGCGACGGUGGAACUCAUUUCAAGAAUGCAAACGUCGAGGCGUUCUGCGCAGACAAGGGCAUACUCCGCAUCACUACCCCGCCCUAUGCACCGCAUACCAACGGGGCCGUGGAAGGAGCCAACAAACGCAUUCUGCAAGCGAUUUCCCGCGCCACAGUUGGAUCGGUCGACGCCACUACCUUCUCACCCUGGUGCCAGUCACUUGAAGCGGUGGUGUACGCGAUGAACAAUAGGAUCAUCCCUGCCACGGGAUAUCGACCAGCGGAUCUGAUGUUCACCUUCGUGAGGUCGAUGCCUUCCGAAGGGGCACCCCCUGAUGAGCAAGCAAUCGAGAUCCUCGCGCACGCGCUCACGUCGUGGGCCGACCUGACACUGAGGGCAGCAUGCAUGGUCGCGGACGCAGAGGGACGUGUCUCGACUGCGUACCAGACCAUGUUGGACGCCCAAGCACGCCGGAAGGAGGCCAAGGACCGCCAACUCCAACGUUGGAACAAAGCCAUUCCGAAAGACGAAAGGGACCGCCCAUUCAGGAGAGGCGACCUCGUCCUUGUUCAUGCCUCUUGGCUUGAGGCAAGUCGAAUUGGAGGGAAACUUCAGGCACACUGGCUGGGACCGUACCGUGUGGUGGCUCCUGCUACACGCACGGACGACGCGGAGAACCCCAGUGACGAGCACGUGACGUUCUGGCUCGAGUCGCUGGGGGACAGCUCGCCGGUAGCCGGACGCUUUCACGCUAACUGGCUCAAGCUAUUUCACCCACCGCACGACUUCCCGCUCCCAACGACAGAACCAAUGACCCUGGACGAGUUUCAUGCAGCACAGCGACCUAAAAGACAACCUCCUCGUACCCAAAAUGAAGACCUACCAGGGGAUGUCUUGGACGACGACACCGACACCGAGGACUCAUGA